AUGGAACUUGAUCCAACUGCACAAACAAACAACAUUGAGCCAGGAACAUCGUCUCUUGGCUCUUCUUCUUCUUCCAACGUAACAAAUGCAACAACAUUAGCACCUGAGAACAACUUUGGUGACAGACCUAAUGAUGAACAAGAACUCUAUCCUAUAGCUGUUCUAGUAGAUGAACUUAAAAACGAAGAUGUACAGUUACGCUUGAACGCUAUUAGAAACUUGAGUACCAUUGCUAUGGCACUUGGUCCCCAAAGAACACGAGAUGAGCUGAUUCCUUUUCUUUGCGAAGGAAUUGAUGAUGAGGAUGAAGUACUUUUAGCAGUAGCUGAAGAACUUGGUAACUUUGGCGAAUAUGUAGGAGGUCCUGAAUACGCGCAUUUUAUCCUGGCUCCUUUGGAAAACCUCGCAUCUGUAGAAGAAGUGCUUGUGAGAGAUAAGGCAGUGGAUUCAAUCAACAAUAUCGCCAAGUUGCUGAAUGCAUUUCAAGUUACACACUACUUUCUUCCUUUAUUAAAGCGUCUUUCAAAUGCAGAAUGGUUCACAGGACGUAUAUCUGCAUGCGGUCUUUAUGCUGUAGGAUACUCUAAAUGCACACCUGAACAGCAAAGUGAAUUACGAACUUCAUUUGCUUCACUUAUUCAAGAUGACACGCCUAUGGUUAGAAGAGCGGCUGCCAAAGCACUUGCUAACUUUUCAAAAGAGUUGACACCAGAAGUUAUCAUCAAUAAUAUUCUGCCACUAUUCCUAAGAUUGACGACAGAUGAUCAGGAUACUGUACGUUUAUUGACAGUAGAGGAUUUAGUACAGAUCGCCAAAGUCAUUUCACCUGAAGAAUUUAGACAAUAUUUACUAUCUACAUUGAAAGCACUUGGACAAGAUAAGUCAUGGAGAGUUAGAUAUGCAGUAGCAUCUCAUUUCACGGAGUUAUGUGAAGCAACUAGCGAUGCAAUCACCAUAGAGGAAAAGUUGGCACUGUUCUUGAACCUAAUUAAGGAUAGUGAAGGUGAGGUCAAAAUAUUGGCCAUUGGUCAAGCAUCAGGAUUUUCAAAAUUGCUUGAAAAGAACGUUGUGAUUGAAAAGAUUAUUCCAUGCUUUAAAGAAUUAGUGAUUGAUACAAAUCAGCAUGUGAGAUCAGCAGUUGCAACAAAUAUCAGUGGAUUUGCUCCUAUUUUAGAAAAAGAGCAAACAAUUGAAUACCUUUUACCCUUAUUCCUCCAACUAUUAAAAGAUGAUUUCCCUGAAGUACGACUCAAUAUUAUCUCCAAUCUAGAGGAUGUCAAUCAAGUUAUUGGAGUUGAUAGUCUCUCUCAAUCACUUCUACCUGCCAUUGUGGAAUUAGCAGAAGAUAAACAAUGGCGAGUAAGAUUAGCCAUUAUUCAGUACAUUCCUCUAUUAGCUUCACAACUAGGCAUUGGAUUUUUCGAUGAUAAACUACUCGAUCUGUGCUUGUCCUGGUUGGGUGAUACAGUCUUUUCUAUUCGUGAUGCAGCUACAACCAACCUCAAGAAGUUGGUAGAAAUAUUUGGAUAUGAUUGGGCAAAAAAUACCAUUUUACCAAGAGUGAAUGAAAUGGCCCACAAUGAAAACUAUCUCUAUCGUAUGACUACUCUCUUUGCUCUCACUACUAUGGCUGUUUCUCUUACACCAGAGAUUAUCAAAGAUAAUGUGUUACCCACAGUGGUUGAACUUGUGAAUGAUCCUAUUCCAAAUGUCAGAUUCAACGUGGCUAAAUCUUUAGAAGUAUUAGCACCUAUUCUAAAGCAAAAUCCUCAAACCGCUGAAGCUGUAUCAACCAAGAUCAAUGAUAUUUUGCAACAAUUAAGUCAAGAUUCUGAUGUAGAUGUUAAAUGGUUUGCAGAAAAGGCCAUCUUGACAGUACAAAGCUGCUAA